AUGGAUGUUGAGCUCUAUGUCUAUGACCUUUCACAGUAUUCAGUUGCUUUGACUGGCACCCAGAUCGAUGCCAUCUACCAUACAGCAAUAGUUGUGGGCGGCGUAGAAUACUACUUCGGUCAAGGGAUUCAGACCGCUACUCCUGGCAGCACUCACCAUGGACGACCGAUGGAAGUGAUCCAUCUGGGCAAGACAGAGCUGCCAACCGAUGUCAUCGAGGAGUAUCUUGGCUCUCUCGCCGAAGUGUACACACCAGAGUCCUAUGAUUUAUUUCUUCACAACUGCAACAACUUCACUCAAGACUUUGCAAUGUUUCUGGUCGGCAAAAGUAUUCCCGAAAAGAUCAAAAACUUGCCUCAGACCUUUCUGGAAACGCCCUUUGGCCAGAUGAUGAAGCCCCAAAUAGAGAAUGCUUUGCGAGGCGUUACCCAGGGCAAUGGCACAACCAGUGGCCCAAUGGCGGGAGCUUCCAGACCUUCCCCACGGGCACCGGUUUCAGCACCGCAGCCUCCAGCCGCCGCACCGCCAUCUGCUGCUAAAGUCCGCAUUGUGAACAAUCUCAGCCAGUUAGAGGGCGAGCUCGCAACCGCAUCAAAUUCGUGUGCAGUAGUCUUCUUCACAUCAGCCACAUGCCCCCCAUGUAAGAUGGUAUAUCCAACAUACGACGAACUAGCGGAAGAGGCUGGUGAUAGAGCUCGACUCGUCAAGGUCGAUAUCAGCACUGCUUACGACGUGAGCACGAAAUACGGCGUACGGGCAACACCGACAUUCAUGACAUUUUUAAAGGGACAGAAACUCGAUGAAUGGAGUGGGGCAAACCCUGCCCAGCUGAAAGGGAAUGUUCGUAUGCUUCUGGAGAUGGCACAUCCGGCUCAUUCUCAUCAAAAGCUACGACUCCCAAGCCUACAGCGGUCUAUCACAAACUUCGUCAUGUACAAGAAAGUUCCACCCUUGGAGAAACUGGUGCAAAAGCUACCUGUGGAAUUCAGAGAAGCAUCGGCCAUUGCUCCUGUUAUUGAUUUCGUCAAGGCUCGUCAUUCUGGAGAGGCUGGCAAGGCCCCUGCUGCAGAUACACCAGUGCCGGACCUCCAUGCCUUUGCUGCCGCCCUACGAUCAUCGUAUCCAGCCAUCCCAGCCGACAGCCAUUUCGCCGUGGUGGAUCUAGUCCGCCUCCUGUUCCUCGAUCCGCGGGUGAGCGGCUACUUCGCCGAAGAAGCAAACCACGACACGCUCCUCACGCUCCUCUCUCCACUUGCCACGGACGAUAUUUCGUCGUCGCCUUAUAAUCUUCGCAUUGUCGCCAUGCAACUUGCGUGCAACCUCUUCAGCACUCCACUUUAUCCCGGACAAAUCGUCUCAUCAUCCCCUCUUCGAGAGACGUGUCUGAAGCUUGCAACCAAUGCCCUUCUAGACUCACAGUCCAACCUUCGGGUUGUUGCUGCAUCAUUCGCCUAUAACCUUGCCGCUUUUAAUCAUAACGCACGCUUCGACGGAAAACCUGAUCCUCUUUCCGAGGAAGACCAGGUAGAGCUGACUGCUUCCCUUCUGGAGGCAGUUUCGCGCGAGGAGCAGAGUCCGGAAUCCCUUCAUGGACUCCUCUUUGCGCUGGGCUUACUAGUUUACGAGGCUCCCCUCGAUGGGUCCUUGAUUGACCUGUGUCGCGCGAUGGACGUGUCUCAGACAGUGAAAGCUAAGGCCCAGGUGGAAGCGUUGAGGAAGGAAGCGCUCUUGAAGGAGGUGGGAGAUGAAUUGUUCGGCAAGGGACUUUAG